AUGGCGCAACCACAGCCUCAGAUGCCGCAGCGGGCGUUCUCGCCCCCUCAACCCUCCCCCUCUCCUGCCGCGACGCAAGCAGGCUUUGCGCUUCCUCCUAAUAAACGACCGCGACUUUCACCUGGCGCAACCCCCCAACCCGAAUCUCCUUACUCUACUUCGCCUUAUGCAGCAAGUCCGGGCGCUCCCGUCACACCUUCCACUGCUGCGACAUCCGCCGGAUCUCCUAUAUAUCCCAGCGCGGCGCAACAGCAACAACAGCAGCCGCCGCAACAGCAGCAGCAACCUCAGCCUCAGCAACCUACAACGCCAGGCUACGCGACACCAUAUGCCAACGGCACCACCACUCCGGCUCUUGCCUUGCCGGAUACGCGACCGACUCCUCCUCCGCAGGUCACUACUCCUCAGCCGCCAGCGCCGCCCACCCUUCCUCAAUACACCACUGCCACUUUGGCACUUGGCACCAACACGCCAGGCACACCCGUCCCACAACAACCGUCGACACCGGGAGCUAUGGGUCCACCUUCGAGACCUCCCGACCGGCCGCAGAAAGAGUACGAAUACGAUGUAACGGACUCGUUGGCUGGCACGGGCAUCGACUUGCGUGCCGAAGAGCAGUUCCUGUCCGAACUCUACGUCCCCGAGUCGAGAACUGGCUACCCUCCAUACCCUCCCGGAAACAAGGGAAGCUUCUAUGGCGCGGGUCCUGCGAACCAGCCUGCUCAGCCGGCUGGCACCGACGCCCAGAGCCAACUGGUUGCACAGGCGGCGGAGAAGGCAUGGCAGGAGUCUGCGAAGCGCUUGGCACAGACCAGGACUAUGGAGCUCAACAACGCCUUCCUGCAAGUUCCUGUCGUGUUUCGAAAGGCGGAGAAGUUUGCCAAGGACCAGGGCUUGUCGCUCAACCUGGAGAUCAAGAACAGCAACCAGCCGAUGGGCCGGAUGCGUCUGCCUGAGGAGUUCCCAGCGCCCAGCGUGACGGUUAGCACCAAGAACGGACCCGACUCCACCGUGGUGACGACUUCUGGAACUUGGAUUCCUCAGGAGGCCUUCUUGGUUGACCAGUUGGCUCUGCUUUCACUUGCCACCAAGCAGCGACUUCGAACCCUCAUGGAGGACUCGAACCGGAUUGCCCAGAUUCGACAGGUAUCGUCGCAUGGUGAAAUCCCCGAGGAGUGGCAGACGGCUGCAGCACCGCUGAAAAGCGCCACGGAGACGCAGGAAGAGGACGCGACGCAGCAAACGGCGACCGAAGAUGGUGCCAGUCCUCGGCCAGGCAACCUGAAACGUACUCUCGAAGAUGCUACCUCCAGCCAGCCCACCAAGGUGCAAAAGGUCUCUGCCACGAAUACCAUGAGCCACACUGUAAGAGAAGUGGGUAAGGCUGAGCGAGACUGGGAAGAGAGACGACUGCGGAGGCGCAAUGCCCGCAAGGACGGAACCACCGAGGCUGGGGCAACGCCAUCCCGUGCUGGCUCGGUUGCGCCCGGAACACCUGGCGGUUCGGCGCCUGAUUCGGAGAAGUCAAUCUCUAAGAAGGAACAGAAGAAGCUCGAUGCUGUCAAGAAGGCAGAGGCUAGCAGCCAUGCGAAUCAGAACAUCACGAGUAGCAUGUUCGUCGGCAUGCCCAAGACGGGAUCACUGUUUGGAAAGAAGAAAGGCGGAAAAUCGUACUCGUGGAUGACGGGCGGUGCCAGCGGUUCGAGCACGCCGAGAAUGGGCACGCCUGGAAAGCCGGGUGGCGCAGCCGCUUCGGGACCUCCUGCACCGGCGAACCACGCGCUGACGGUCGAAGGUCGGGCACGGCUCGGCAAUUGGCGCGAAGACAAGGAGAAGGGCAAGAACAUCCAACUGCGAGAUUGGGUGGCUGCUCUUGAGGGCGACGAGAUUGAGCUGCGGGCCAUGCAGGCGGCUUACGACAAGCUGGACACGUCAGAUCCCAAGUAG